CAAUGGACGUCGACGGGCAGCUGUGGAGUGCCGCGAAGACGAAGUUCUUUAUCGGCUGUUAUAAGGAACUAAAAGAGCGUCUGAGAGCAAAGGGGGGUUUCAGGACCAAACGAGCCCUUUGGCAGCAGCUGGCCGACACCGUCGUCGGAGAGUUCGGCGGCGUUGUCACCGCUCACCAGGCCGAAAACAAAUGGAAGUCCUUGGAGAGAGCGUACAAGAACGCCAAAUCAAAAAACAAGAAGUCGGGCCAAUCUAGGGUGCAUUUUGAAUACGAGGACGAGCUUCAUGACAUCCUCGAGAAAGAGCACCAUAUUUCACCAACUGUGUUGUUGGCGCCGGGAAGAGUGCUUGAAAAGGAAGGAGACACCAGGUAAGUACUUAAGAAACGUA